CUGACCUACGCCUGAACCGCGUGGAGUUUUAGGUCAAAGCGGGUUUGGCUGCUAAGCGUGGACCCGGGCGCCGGAACCCCUAGUUGGGAAGGCCUCGGUGAGGCUGCCGCGAGUUCACCUGCACAUGGGCUCCGCGCGGGGGCCGCGAGCACCGGUUCACCCCACGGCAGGCCCCCGCCCAGACACCAGCACCUCCUCUCACCUGGGCAGAGCCCAGGACGGUUAGCAGCCCAGGGGGCUCCGUCAGGGGCCAGGGAAGUGAAGUGACUUGCUCGCUUUUGUUUUCUUCGAAAUUUGGCGGUCUAAUUCCUGCCGGGCUGGGGAAUGACCGCAGUCUGGGUAGUGUAUUUAGGGUGGCCGUGAGGGCGGUGGCCCGACCCAGCAGCUUCACGGGCCAGCUCCGCCCCUGCCCCGGACCGGCGCUUGCGGACGUGACCGUGGCUGCUCCCGCCGCCCGUUACUCGAGUGCGGCCCGCGGAGGACGCGCCGUGGAGCCGAACGCCCUCGGCCGCCACCUGCGGGGCCGGUCGCCCGGGUGCGGGGCGCGAACCCGCCAGGAGCGCGCGGCGGGCGCGGCGGCGGGAGGAGGAGCCCGGAGCGCGACCGAAGGAGCCCGGAGCGCGACCGAAGGACACCCCGUCCUCCAAAUGCUGCCACUUGACUGAGCCGGCCGCUGGUGAGAAGGCGGCGGCGCUGCCCUUGCAGCUGGACCGCACUCCGCUCUGGCCCGGGCCUCAGCUCGCCGCCCGCCCAGACGCCGACCCACUGCGGGGCAGCGCCGGCCCCGGAGCUGCAGGAGCGCCGGAUGCCUGCUCGGUCCCCGCCGCCGUCCAGACGCCCGAGGGGCGCGCAGCUGCCCGCAGACGUGCAGAAUAAACACUAUAUGUGAAGAUUGGUGAAAGGGAACAUUGAUUUCUGAAGUAGCCUGGAGAGGAAAAGCACUGCUCAAUAUCAAGUGGACAAAUGCUUGGUGUUUUCCAAAGACGCUGUUGAAGCAGUCUUUGCUACUGCUUUCCUUCACUCAGUCAAAGCUCUUCAUAACAUGGGCUGCAUGAAAUCAAAGCAAACUUUCCCAUUUCCCACCACACUCGAGAGUGAGAAGAGGCAUGAGAGUGAAGAAAACUUUAUGCCUGAAGAGAGAUUUCUACUCAGGAUGCCUUCUCUAGUUAAUGUCAAAGAGGAAGUGAAGGAACCCCUAGGGCCUGAAAUUGUGGUCUUUGAAUUUGCACACCGCCUGUCCCAGGAAAUCUUGAGUGAUGCCUUGCAGCAGUGGGCUGGCAACCACCUCAAGUACUAUGACAUCCCAUAUAUUGAGAGUGAGGGGCCUUGACGCUGUGUGUAGGAUGAUGACACUUUCUCAAACUGUGGAUAAAGUUGGUGCUAGUUUAAAUACAUGCAACAACAGCAAAAACUGGUGUGAAUAAAUACAAAUAACUCCAUCUGGGUGUAAAGAAAAAUAUUUCGAUAGCCAUCAAGAGUCUAAGAAUACCUAAAAUGAAGUGUUGUUUUAAGCAGUUCUACAUUAACAGCAAUUUCUAUCUGCUUGGUCUUGGAUUUUAGUCAUUAAAGGGUUAAAUGUAAGUCCUCUGGUGCCACAGUAAUCAGCUGUGUCACACCACUUCUUCCAGAGGCAACAAUGCCAUCACCAAAGAAAUUUUAAGAAUUUUUAAAAUACUUUAAAAUUUAAAAAAAAAAUUUUAAGAAUUUUAUUUAAAACCUGUGUUUUCAAAAUGGUCAUUUUAAAGACAUUCUUUUAAAAUAUUUGUCAAUUUAUACAAAAAAAAAAACAAGACAUGAAAAGGAUUUUCUUGAAAUGCCUGGGCAAGGGAAUUGCCUGGGCA